GAGCGAGCUUGGAGCUGCCUCACCACCUCCUCCUCCUCCUGGCCAAACAAAAAGGGGACGGCAGCAGGCAGGCAGGCGGGCGAUGGGGGAUCCCGGGCUUGCAAAAUAGCAGGCGGGAGGAGAUGUUGUGCCCCCCCCCAGCCGGGGCUCCUUUGCAGAUUCCAGCUCGCCCCGUGGUGGGGGAGAGAGGCGAGAGCCCCCUUUGCCAGCAGCACGCCAGGAUCGAGUCUCUAACUCAAAGCGGCCGGUAACAUGCAUGUAUCACUAGCUGAAGCCCUGGAGGUUCGGGGAGGACCACUGCAUGAAGAAGAAAUAUGGGCUGUAUUGAAUCAAAGUGCCGAAAGCCUUCAAGAACUGUUCCGUAAAGCUGACCCCGCUGCACUGGGCUUCAUCAUUUCUCCCUGGUCUCUGCUGCUGCUUCCAUCUGGAAGUGUAUCGUUUACAGAUGAAAAUGUUUCCAGCCAAGAUCUCCGAGCAUUUACAGCACCAGAAGUGCUCCAGAAUCAGCCACUUUCCUCUCUCUCUGAUGUUGAAAAGAUCCAUGUUUAUUCUCUUGGGAUGACACUUUAUUGGGGAGCCGACUAUGAAGUUCCACAAAGCCAACCUAUCCAACUCGGAGACCAUUUAAACAGCAUACUGCUCGGCAUGUGCGAAGAUGUCGUCUACGCCCGCUUGUCUGCCCGAACUGUUCUGGAUGCUUGCAGCGCUCACGUACGGAAUAGUAACUGCUCACCUUCCUUCUCAUAUGUGAAGCAGUUGGUGAAACUGGUUCUGGGAAGUUUGUCUGGGGUGGAUCAGCUUUCCUGCGUUGGGGACAGAAAGCUGCAGACUGAUAGGAGCCAGGCCAUCCGGGAGAGGCUGAGAGGAAGAGGUCUUCCCACAGGAAGAAGUUCAGCAGUUGAUGCUCCAGACAUUCACAAGAGGCAGGUCUCUCAACUGGCCACAUUUAACAAAGGGCUUAGCAAAUCGAUGGGGGUUUUGUCCAUCAGAGGCUCACAAGAUGAAGAAGAAUUUUGCCAAGGCCUUUCCUCCAAUUACCACUCUGGUCACGAAGAUGCCACAAAUACUUGCUGCCCAUAUCGGUGUAGAGCUGCAGACUUGGAGAGGAAAGGUAACGGAGCCGACACCCGUCCCAAACGAAAAGUUUGGGCUUCCUCCUCAGACUUGCUGUCCACGACUGACUCAGUGAUUGAGAGAGACCAUGUUGGGAAUUCUCACAGGCGGCCCUACCAUCACGCAGAGACGGUUGCGGCACGGACUUCAGCAGCUGCUAGAAGCAGAGAGGGAAGAUAUUCCGAUGGGAACAUAGCCCUUGAUCUCUUUGGUCCUCAAAAACUAGAUCAGGUGCGCCACGUGCAAGAGUUUUCAACAUCUGUGGCCAUUUCAAGUGCCUUUGACAGGAUCCGAGAGAGGCAGAAAAAACUGCAGCAGCUGAGACAAGCCAUGGAUGCCGAAGAACAUGGACGAAGAUACAGAUCUUACCACAAUGACAUAUACAGUACAGACAGUGAAAGCCCGUCCUUCAUUUCUUCUGACGCAGAUUUUAGACAAGUGAAAAGAAUGGAAGGUUUAAAGAGAGAUGACUCCAGCGGCCCAAGUUCCGAUGAUGUUUCUCCAUCGAAUCAAAUCCAGGGACAAAGAUCAAGUAACAGGCAAUAUGAAGCAUCUCUUGACGGCAGCCUGGUAAGCCAAGAAGUAAUGCUCAAGCGGCAGGAAGAGGAGAUGAUGCAGCUGCAGGCGAAAAGAGCCCUCCGGCAGUCUCGGCUAAGCCUCUAUCCCGGAGACAUGGUGAAGACGCCCAUUCUGGAUAUGUCCAGAGAUCCCCUGAGAGAAAUUGCAUUGGAAACAGCCAUGACCCAAAGGAAACUAAGGAAUUUCUUUGGUCCUGAAUUUGUGAAAACAACCAUUGAGCCAUUCACCUCCCUAGACCUGCCAAAGUCGAUUUUGAACAAGAAAGGGAAGAGUGAAGAGAGCCGUCGGAAAGUAAACAUCUUGCUCCUAACUGGGCAGAGGCUGGAGAUGACCUGCGACACCAAGACGAUAUGCAAGGAUGUGUUUGAUAUGGUGGUGGCCCACAUUGGUUUAGUGGAACACCACUUGUUUGGCUUGGCUACCUUAAAAGAAAAUGAAUUUUUUUUCGUCGACCCAGAAUUAAAACUAACAAAAGUAGCUCCUGAGGGAUGGAAAGAAGAGCCAAAGAAAAAGAGCAAGAACACGAUCAACUUCUCCUUGUUCUUCCGCAUUAAGUUCUUUGUGGAUGAUAGCAGCUUGAUACAGCAUACUCUGACAUGUCAUCAGUAUUAUCUGCAGUUAAGGAAAGAUCUCCUGGAAGAGAGGAUGCACUGUGAUGAUGAAACGGCCUUAUUGCUAGCGUCGUUGGCUCUCCAGGCUGAGUAUGGCGAUUACCAAGCAGAGGUGCAUGGCCUGUCUUAUUUCAGACUGGAGCACUACCUACCACCUAGAGUGAUGGAGAACCUGGACCUCUCUCAUGUCAAAGAAGAAUUGCCGAAACUGCAUAGCUCUUACAUCGGAGCUUCUGAAAAAGAAGCUGAGCUGGAAUUUCUGAAGAAGAGGAAAGUCACUCUGCAGAACACAUCUGAUGGAAUAAAGCAUGCGUUCCAAACCGACACGAGCAAGACCUGUCAGUACUUGCUGCAGCUGUGCUCUUCGCAACAUAAAUUCCAGCUACAGAUGAGAGCCAGGCAAAGUAACCAGGAUACUCAAGAGAUUGAGAAAGCCAGCUUUAGGAGCCUCAACCUCCACACGGACUCUGUGAAAGGGUUUAACAUGGGCCGGGCCAUCAGCACAGGCAGCCUGGCCAGCAACACACUGAGCCGCCUGGCCGUCCGGCCACUGUCGGUUCAAGCAGAGAUCCUGAAGAGACUGUCCUGCUCCGAGUUGUCCCUCUUCCAGCCCCUCCAGGGUUCCUCCAAAGACAAGAACGAGAAGCAGUCAUGGGAAGAGAGACCCAAGAUCAUGAGCAAAUCCUUCCACGAUCUGAGCCAGAGUCAGAUCUCGGUCAGCCCUUUUCGGAAAAACGUCAUUGGGGCCGCAGACUCUUCUUCGCGGAGGAUGGAAGAAUUGAUGGGGAAGCUCUUCCAACCGGUGCCAAAACCUGAUGUCGAAUCAGUAUCUGGAGCAGCAAAGCUAAAUAAUUUACAGUCUCAUGCAGGUUUAAAUGCCAGCCUAGAAAGAAAGAAAAAUGAAUCAGACUCAUCCUCCACCGAAGAUACUGGCCAAGCCUAUGUUCUAGAUGUUGUACAAACAAAACAGAAUGUGAUUUCAUUGCCAGAGAGGGAGAUCAAUUUGGUAAAGUUAAAAAAAGAUGAAAAGUACGGCUUAGGGUUCCAGAUCACUGGUGGGGAGAAGACUGGAAAACUCGAUCUUGGAAUUUUUAUUCGUUCCAUAACACCUGGAGGACCAGCUGAUCUGCAGGGGUCAUUGAAACCAGGAGAUCGCCUGAUAUCGGUGAACAGCAUGAGCCUGGAAGGAGUCAGCCACCCCACGGCGCUUGAAAUUCUUGAGAGGGCGCCCAGCGAUGUGACCCUUGUCAUUUCCCAGCCUAAAGAGAGACCUGCCAAAGAAUUACUGAGUCUCUUCAGUGGUUCGAGAGACUAUUUAAAGGGGCCUUCAUGGACGCAGGACAAUGAGGCGGAGUCAUCUUCUGAGGAGCACAGCAGGCCUCCCUGCCACCAGAGGCCCUCUUCUGGGAGUCCACCGGGCCUUCGCUCAGGAAAACGGGACGGGAGCCUGAGCUCUCAGGAUUCCAGGACAGAGAGCGCCACCCUGUCCCAAAGUCAGCCCAACAGUGUAUUUGGCAACCACGUCAACGACAGGGUGCAGCAGGAACUGCAGCACUGCCACAACUCCCAGCUUGUCUUUUCCGGUUGCAACGAGAAGAACAGGACCUCCUCUGAGACGAACCAGGCAAAAACUAACCGGGCCGGAAUUUCGGUGGAGAAUGCGGAGUAUUCUGACCGAGGGGAUUCUGAUAUGGAUGAAGCGACUUACUCCAGCAGCCAGGAGCAGAUGCCGGCUAAAAAGGAGCCUUAUUCCAUGAAUUCGGCCAGUUCAGUGAAUUCUAAAAAACUUCCUGCACCGCUGCUUAAACCAGGAGAUGUCUUUGAGGUUGAACUAGUCAAAAACGAGAACGGCUUGGGAAUAAGUGUCACGGGGGGUGUCAACACCAACGUGAGACACGGAGGCCUGUAUGUGAAGGCUGUUAUUCCUAAGGGAGCGGCAGAAGCCGAUGGGAGGAUUCAAAAAGGUGACCGAGUUCUGUCUGUCAAUGGUGUUUCUUUGGAAGGAGCUACCCAUAAACAAGCUGUGGAAAUCCUGAGGAAUACUGGACAGGAGGUCCACCUUGUAUUGGAAAAAGGGCAGCUUCCAGCUGCCAAAGCCCAUGCUCCGGUGACUUCACAGGGCACACCUCCAGUCCAGUCCAGUCAAGGUGUCACUCCGGAGAGACCUAUAAAGAAGAUUUUAGGUGCCAGAGACUAUAACUUUGUCACUGAUGACAACACCUUUGAGGUGAAGCUAAUGAAAAAUAGUUCCGGCCUGGGCUUCAGUUUUUGCCGUGAAGACAGUGUUUCUCCAGAACAGCCAGGCUCCAGCAUAGUCAGGGUCAAAAAACUCUUCCCCGGGCAACCCGCAGCAGAAAGCGGGCAGAUUGAAGUCGGGGACGUCAUCCUGAAAGUGAAUGGUGCUUCAUUGAAAGGACUGUCCCAACAGGAAGUCAUCUCGGCUCUCAGGGGAACAUCCCCCGAAGUGACCCUUCUCCUCUGCAGGCCUCUCCCUGGAAUCCUGCCAGAAAUUGACCCUUCUUUAUUGACACCAAUCCAUUCCCCACCACAGGUUUUCCCAGAUACCAGUAAAUGUAACUCCCAGUCCUUGAAUGGAGAACAGGAUGACAGUUCAGAUGAAAAUGAAGCCACUGAGCAGGGCAAGAAACGGAUCAAGUCCCCUGCUAGGAGAGACAGCUACAGCGAUAGCAGCGGGAGUGGAGGGGAAGAGCCUGCCGCAAGCACAGCCCAGAUCGCAAGCACCAGGUGGACCUCUGCUCUGUACCAGACUCCAGGCAAAUCCACAGCUCAAGCACAUAGCUCUUACCAGACGCCCUGCAGUCAGGAGGAGGCUAUUCGCACAAUAUAUUACUCCCCUCACGAGUUGUCUAGGAAACUAGAACUCGAGGAAGGUAGCCCUCCAUCUUCUCUCCUGCUGGAUUUGCCGCUGAUACCAAACUGCAGAACCGUCACACCCGGCUCAACGGACGAAAACUACGCUGCUUCCAUCUCAGAGUUCACAGCUCCCCAAGGAGGGCUGGCAUCGCUUCUCAACCAACUUGAAAAAAAUGCUGACGAAUACGAACCGGAGGUGGAGCUCAAUGUGACCCUGACAAAAUCGGAAAAGGGUAGCCUUGGUUUCACAGUGACCAAAGGCCACGACAGUGUUGGCUGCUACAUCCACGAUGUUCUUCAGGACCCUGCCAAAAGUGACGGGCGGUUACGACCCGGAGAUCGCCUCAUCAAGGUUAAUGACACAGAUGUCACAAACAUGACCCACACAGAUGCUGUCAGUUUUCUUCGAUCAGCCCCAAAGACAGUCAGGCUGGUGCUUGGACGUGUUCUGGAGUUACCCAAGAUACCCGUGUUGCCGCACAUGCUGCCUGACAUUAGCCUGACGUGCCAUAAAGAAGAACUGGGUAUCUCUCUCGCAGGCGGUCAUGAUAGCCUUUAUCAAGUGGUCUAUAUUAGUGAUAUCAGUCCAAAGUCUGCUGCGGCCAUGGAAGGAACUCUCCACACGUUAGACAUCAUCCAUUACAUUAAUGGGAUCAGCACUCAGGGAAUGUCUUUGAAAGAAGCCAGCAGGACACUGGAGAUGUCACUUCCAGUGGUGGUACUGAAGGCAACGAGAGAUGCUCAUCCAGUGUUUCCAAAGAAUAAAAGCACAAUGAACUCAAGUCCGAAGUCAAUCAAACCUAAUGGUCAUCUCAUAGGUGAGCCUUAUGGCAGAGCAGAAGCAGGGCAUGAUGCGCAUGCGCCCAAGGUUAAUGGUGACCUGAACAAUAGUCACCAGAAAAAAGGGCCAGGGAAUGUCACCGUAUCUAAAGAGACAUCCCCGAGUGAUGCUAUUGGUCUGGCCCCGGAUUUUUCCAGCUACAAUAACAACUCUGCAGAAGUCCAAGAUGAUGAUGAUUCUUAUGAUGAGGAAGAUCACAACGAUGUCAUUCAGUACCUUUUGGAUGUUGUAGAUGAAGAAGCCCAGAACUUGUUAAACCGGAGCAAUGCCAUAUCUGGGAAUCAUCUGCCAGAGGCAAACGGGAAACUUACAGAAGAGAAAUCAGAAGACACAGACUGUGAUGGAUCAUCUUUGCCCGAAGACUUUCCAGAGCCACCGCCGAUGAACGGCUGUGAAGAUCAUUGUAAUGACAGAGGGAUUUCUGAAAG